CGUCUCGCAGCUAUAGGCGGCUGCUCCCUACAUACGGGCAGCUAGAGGCGUCGUGCAGGCCACGGGCCAGCGGCGGCAGGGCUCACAUACGCGGCCGCGGCGGCCGAAUCCCUGGAGCAGUUCUGAGUACGCUGCAAUUAUUAGAGUGGAAGAGGAAGGAUAAUGAGAAUGGCGAAUCUGGUCGCUCACUGUGGUUUCAGCCUAUCUCCUGCUGUUAAGACACACUCCGGCUCACCAAGUCAUGGCCACAACAAUGUCAUCCGGUUCCAAAAUUCAAAAUCUUCAACCUCGAAUCUGAACCUCAGAUCAUGUUCCAAGAGACCAAACAAGUUAUUUGUUACUCGUGCUAGCGCUGCCGUACAAGGACAGACAAAUGUAACGCAAACACCUCUUACUGGGGGUCAGCAAGUGUCUGGGCAGUCGUCCUCGAGACCCAAGAAGGUUAUGGUUAUCGGUGGAGAUGGAUACUGCGGCUGGGCAACUGCUCUUCAUCUCUCCAACAAAGGUUACGAGGUUGCUAUUGUUGAUAAUCUUGUCCGACGCCUUUUUGACCAUCAGCUUGGCCUUGAUUCGCUUACUCCCAUCGCUUCCAUCCAAAAUCGCAUUCGCCGAUGGAAAGCCCUUACUGGCAAGACAAUCCAGCUCUUCAUUGGCGAUAUAUGUGACUUUGAAUUCCUCUCAGAAGCCUUCAAGUCUUUUGAGCCAGAUUCUGCUGUCCACUUUGGCGAACAAAGAUCAGCACCCUAUUCUAUGAUUGAUCGUUCAAGGGCAGUAUACACACAACACAACAAUGUUAUUGGAACACUUAAUGUCUUGUUUGCUAUGAAGGAGUUUAGUGAAGAGUGCCAUUUGGUUAAACUUGGAACUAUGGGCGAGUAUGGAACUCCAAAUAUUGACAUUGAAGAGGGAUUUCUCACUAUUACUCACAAUGGAAGAACAGACACCUUACCUUAUCCAAAGCAAGCAAGCUCCUUCUAUCAUCUAAGUAAAGUGCACGACUCUCACAACAUAGCAUUUACUUGCAAGGCUUGGGGUAUAAGGGCCACAGAUCUUAACCAAGGCGUCGUCUAUGGAGUCAGAACAGAUGAAACCGCUAUGCACGAAGAGCUAUCCAAUAGGUUGGACUAUGAUGGAGUCUUUGGCACAGCACUGAAUAGGUUCUGUGUUCAGGCUGCUGUAGGUCACCCGCUUACAGUUUACGGAAAAGGUGGUCAGACCCGUGGAUACCUGGACAUCAGGGACACCGUGCAAUGCGUCGAGCUAGCAAUCGCGAACCCGGCCAAACCAGGCGAGUUUAGAGUCUUCAACCAAUUCACCGAGCAGUUCUCCGUCAACGAGCUAGCCAGGCUGGUGACGGCUGCGGGAGCGAAGCUCGGGCUGGAGGUGCAGACCAAGUCGGUGCCCAACCCGCGCGUUGAGGCAGAGGAGCACUACUACAACGCUAAGCACUCCAAGCUCUCCGAGCUCGGGCUGGUGCCCCACCUUCUGUCUGACUCGCUCCUCGACUCGCUUCUCAACUUCGCCGUACAGUACAAGGACCGGGUCGACACAGCGCAGAUCAUGCCCAGCGUGUCGUGGAAGAAGAUGGGCGCGAAGCCGAAGACUGUAUCUGUUUAGAGGAGAGGGUGCUUUCACCUGUUAUGUAGCGCACGCAUAUAUGAUGUCAACCAUGACAUUGACAUUGUAUCUUUGUUGUGUAAUGUAAUGUAGCGAUAAUAAUAAUAAUGUGCGUUAGUUC